CCCCGCCGCUCGACAUCGACGGAGACGAGGACAGAAUCAGCGCGCUCCCCGACGACGUCCUCCUAGCAAUCCUAGAGCGCCUCGACAUGUGCGAGGCGUUCCGCGCCGGCGCAUUCUCCAGGCGGUGGCGGAACCUCCCCCGCCGGCUCUCGCUCCUGCACCUCGACGUCCGCCAGUUCGGCCGAGACACUUCGACGGUCGACCUCGGGGCAAUGUCUCCGGCGGUCGAGACCAUGCUGGCGUUCACGGGACUGAUGUCUUCGGCUGUCGAGGCCAUGCAGGCGUUCACGGGAGCGCUUCUCAGAUCACUGUCUGCGUCUCCUCCUCCGGUGACCCUCAGCCUCUGCUUCUUCCCUGUGACGAACCUGACCUCCAUAGGCCGCGCCGUCGAGGACGUUGUCACCCGCGGCGAGACUAAGUAUCUUGAAUUUCACAUCCGCGCGCCAGACGGUCAUAGUCGGCUGGCGAGGCACGAGUUCAUGUCCUUCUCCCGUGCCUGCCCAGUUGCCUUCCGGUGGCUCACGAUGCUUACAUUCGACAAUAUUGCGUUUGAUGAUUCCGACAUCCCCGACCUCAUUAGCGCUUGCGAUAGGCUCAGACACCUCACUCUGAGCUCCUGCAGUCUGGUUGAAUUUUACUCUCCGCUCGAGAUCCACACGCCAUGCUCCAGACUCCAAAAGCUCUUCUUCAUAGACUUUGAUUGCAGAUGGAUCGCGUUGAUGACUUUACCCAGACUUACAGAACUGCGGUGCCAAUCUUGGCGCUCCGAAAACCCUCGGCCGGUGCGGUUCGGCCAGGUUCCGGAGCUUCGCCGUGUGUCCCUCAUUUCUCGUGCGACGCCCUGUCAUGCGCCACUCGCACUGAGUGAGUGUAUACAAUGGACUCCUGGCAACUUGUCUAAUUUGCAUCUAGAUUUUGUCAGCGGGAUGAUUUGGAUUCAGAUGGAACAUCCGAAGCAGCUCACUGCUAAAUUCAGAAACCUGACCAAUGUGGAGCUUUUUGGUAUCUUUCCUAAGUAUGAUCUGAGCUGGACCAUAUUUUUCCUUGAAGCUGCACCUGCCCUGCAAAAUUUCAGAUUGUCUCGAGAAGGGCAUUUGUGUACCGACUAUGCCAUCAAGACCAAUGUGGUGUGGAAGCCAUCCAAGAACUUUAAGCACCUGAACUUGAAGUUGCUCCGGAUGUCCGGGUUCGAGGACGAAGACAAGGUGGCAAAUUACAUAAGGCUAGUCAUGAAGCGAACUGUGUGGUUGAAGAGAAUCGAGCUGCAUGGUGAAAACCCAUGCAAGAAAUGCGAUGCCAUUGACCCGACGUCGAGGAGACCCCACGUGGAUGAAGCUCGCAGGCGUCGGAUUAAGGAGAAACUCACACAUAAGUCAUCCUCAUCCGUGGAGAUAAUAAUAUGUUGAUGGAUCUGGUCAAGGAAUGUAGCUGCGGGAGUGAAAAACUAAAGAUUGUGUAUGACUACUAGGUACUGAUAACCUGACAAUGCGUGAUUGCUGUGAACCUCAGAGUGUAGCUAAAUUAUGUGUACUGCAGUUUGGAUGCAUGCUUUUCUUUUCACUACUUGCCUAGUGUAUGCUGAUUUGUUCACCUGCUUUGGCAUCACUCAAAUUCUUAACUUCUUAGGAAACCUUGUGCCUUCUGAAUUUGUGUGUUAACGUCAACUCUGACUAAAGAGGUACAGCAAUGUAUCUGAUCCGUGCACCA